AUGUCUGCACUACAGGACUGUUUUGAGUGCACUGAAUGGAGCAUCUUCAAGGAGGCUGCAACAGACAACCAGCGCACCAACGUAGAGGAGUACGCUGCGUCGGUGUCCGACUACAUCAGUUGGUGCAUGGAAAACGAGACAGCAACAAAAACAAUUGUUACUCGGGCAAACCAGAAACCUUGGAUGACCAAGGAGGUUCGAGCGAAGCUUAGAGAACGAAAUGCUGCGUUCAAAUCUGGUGAUGCUGUGGCUCUCAGGUCUACAAGGGCUAACCUGAAGCACGCCAUCAGAGAUGCCAAGCGAGCCCAUAGCCGGAAAAUCCAAGAACGACACCGGCUUCCUCAACGAGCUCAACAACUUCUUUGGAAGAUUUGA